ACACAGGUCUCCUAACCCCAAUUAUUAUAAACUCUCUUGGCCACUGCAUAGAAAAGGCCAGGCACCUCUCUUUCUGACUCAACAGCAGAGGUUGCUUCAAGUCUGUCCCUGACACAGGCCAAGUGUCUUCCUGGGUUAAGACUGGAUUAGGGGGCCCUGCUCCGUCAGUGGUCAUGGUGAUCGCCUAGGGAAAUAGAUCUAUUCCUCUGGGAUCUGAGAUUGAGUCCCAGGCAGGUUUUUGGGGAGUAGGAUGGUGAGAUGUGCUAGAAGGCACGGGCCACUUUCUAACCUUCCUCUCAACUCUGUGCUGCUGGGUGGCAGCUUUAAAGUCAGUGUCUUCUCCAUCUCUGGCCACCUUCCCAGGACUCCUGAUCAUUAGAGGGACUCUGUUGUCCCAAGUGGACAUAAUUAUAAAUAGCUCCCUUCUUUUACUGAAAGUGUCCCACCGUGGGCAAUAUAAAUAAUUUAGUCCCCUCCUCCAGUGAAAAUUACACUACACCCUUGCAAAAGCUCAGAGGGCUCCAGGAGUCGCUCCAAGUCCCCUCUCUCAGUUCCUUGGCAUUAUUAUUUUUUUUUUUUUAAGUUUGUCCUCUACUAGAUUGCUUCUUGUUCACCGGGAUAUCUUAGAUCAUGGCUGGCGUUUGAAGCCUCUGAGUUCGACGCCCUGUCCUCCUGUGUUCCUGUCCAAGCCAGCGGACUGCAAUCUCCCAAGGAAGUUAAGAAUAAUUCGGGGAGCGGGACGGGGUCGGGAGUGGGGCGCAGAAAACUGUAGCCUUCACCUGGUUAACAAAGAGGGCUCAGGAUGCCCAGCACCCUGGAUGGGAGCCAACAGCGCUCCCUGGAGGUGUGGGUGCAAGGUUUUGUCUAGCUUGGGCUCCAAGGCCCUCCGGGCAGUGCCCUGGGAAGGGAAGAAUUCGUGAUUAAAUUUGACCUGAGUCAAAAGAUGCCUUCAGCUCCUCUUCUGCUGAAAAUAUUAGAAAUCCAAGCCCAGGUUGUGGGGGUUGGGGGCAGGCGGUGUCACCAACUAAAAGCAAGCAAUGGAUUUCCUUUUAAAUGGAGAGAAGGAUGUCGGAGAGAUAACUACGAAAAAAUUCUCGAAACUCCAGGCAGCAAUACCGAUGCAAGCACAUUCUUCCAAAACAGAGAGCAGCUCCUCGUUCUGGGCCACCUCUGAGCCUGGGGUCCGAAGCUCAGAGCCUGCCUGGCUUUCUGGGGAAAAGCACAAGGAGGAUGAAGGAGCUACGAAGAGCUGGGGCCGGCGCCGCCGGAGUAGCUUUGGGGGAACGGCCCAGGAGUCGCCGCCGGUAACCCCGGCCCAGCCGCCGGCAGCAGGGCGCGCAGUCCGGACCCGGAGUGCAGCGCCCAGGGCCCCGGGCCGCGGAAGGAUAUUUCACUUUGUUUACCUCCCCGGCCGAGUCACGGAGCUGCGAGGCCGGUGCUGGCGCCCCCGGCCCGGAGCUGCAAUGGCAGCGGCGCGGGGAGCCGCCCGAGGACUGGCAGCGGCGGGGCUGAUUGAUGGGCGGCCGGCGCAAUGA